AUGGAGCACAGACUCGACUUACUCGACAGCCAACCACGCUACGAAGAAUCCGAUUUUGAAACCCAAACAGAGUAUGUGCAGUGGCGACAGGCGCUGAGAGAGGGCGUGCUCAAAACACUUCAUGAAUUCCGUACGGAAACCAACCAACCAGAAUCAGGCGAUGCGUCUCUGGACCAAUCAGAUCGCAGAGAAAUUAUACCGCAGGCCGUAUCAGAUAACACACCAACCACCGUGGCACAAGCAGACAGUGGAGAUGACUCCACACUGCAGUCCCUUGCGCCAAAGACGGGACAGGGGCAUUCACCACAGGCAUCAGCCGCAGCAGAACCAGAGCACCCCACCACGCGGGAUCGCUUCUGUGGCAGCCUGCACAUCACCGUGAAGAGUGCCGGGCACACAACACCACACAACACCACAAUGCACAGCACUCUGUCCACAGACGGCAAUGGAGGCGACAGCGCAUACUCGGACGAAGACUCAGACGACGACAGCGAGUGCGAACAACUACCCAGGAGACCACAAGACAGUCACCACCUGCCCAUGUGCGAUGCGUGCGCGCCCAGCCAGAAGCAUUUACGUGUACGCCGUAUGGACAUGCGUGAUGUGGACAGCGAGGUUGCCAUGGCAACCACCUAUGCACACACGCUGUCGCUGGAUGUACCGUUGCCCACGGCCAGUGUGCACAUGGACUUGUGGGGUGUGCGCAACCCGAGUGAGGCAGCAUACACCAUCGCACUCUUCAACCCCUGGCAGUCCGACGAUCUCAUUGGCUGCGACACUCCGAUCAUUGAUCCCAGCAGCAAGGUGUGUCAUGUGCAAAUGCCUACGGUUGAUAUGAACGCCAAGAUGCAAUGGCUGGUGACAUACCUUAUAACUCGUGCUACGUGA